CUCAAAUACUUUGAAAGUAUUUGUACCUUUAGUUCCUGUGUACUCCAUGGCGGUGUCCUCCAUGGUGUCAUUGUAUUGAGGCUGAAUAUUAAGAAAAUAACAUCUACUGAAGUUAUGCCUGGCUAUACAGCAGACGAAAAGCUCCGCGUAGAGCAGAUUACAAAACUUAGGAGGCAAUGGCUGAAGGACCAAGAGCUCAGUCCCAGGGAGCCCGUGCUGCCCAAGACAACCCCUGGGCCUGUCGCUAAAUUCUGGGCUCGCUUUCUGGAACCAAAGUCCCUCUGGAGGCUUUACACCUACAAAGCGUACACCGGUGGAGUGUUCACCUUGACGCGGUUGCUGAUUCCUGCCUGGCUGGUGCACUACUACGUCAAAUACCACGUUGCUAAAAUGCCCUAUGGUAUUGUGGAGCUGAAGCCCAGACUGUUUCCUGGCGACACCAUCUUGGAGACUGGAGAGGUUUUGCCAGACCUCCCAGAGAGUCAUGGUCACCACUGAAGAACACAAUGCCUGAAGAAUUAUCCAAUGUCCUUUUGUCCCUCCCUGGUUGUAAAAACGUUGUAUAUGUCAUUAAAUAAUAUUUAAAUAA